GCGAGCGCAGCAGGAGCCCGGAACGCCCCUUCCCGGCCCCCUCGGGCCGCCCAGCCGCGCCGCUCCCCCGAGGCCGAGCCCCAGAGCGCGCGGCGGCGGAGGCGGCUCUGCAGGCGCCGCUUCGGAGCGCCUCGGGAGGCGCGCCAGGAUGUCUCAGUGGAAUCAAGUCCAGCAGUUGGAAACAAAAUUUUUGGAGCAGAUCGACCAGAUUUAUGAUGACAAAUUUCCCAUGGAAGUCCGACAUCUGUUAGCACAGUGGAUUGAAAACCAGGACUGGGAGUCUGCGUACAACAACGAACCCAUGGCGGCAAUCCUGUUGCAGAACUUACUAAUAAAGCUGGAUGAACAUUUCGACCGUGUUUCCCAAGAGAAGAAUCUCCUCUUGAUACACAACUUGAAGAGAAUCAGGAAACUUCUACAGGGAAAGUAUCAAAAUAAUCCUAUGCAUAUAGCUGUGGUGGUUUCAAACAGCUUGAGAGAAGAAAGAAGAGUAUUGGCUUCAGCCAAUAUGCCUUUACAGGGUCCGCUAGAAAAGUCCUUGCAGAACUCCUUGGUAACGGAAAGACAAAGAAACGCGGAGCACAAGGUGUCUGCCAUUAAGAACAGCGCCCAGAUGACUGAUCAAGAUGUCAAAUACUUAGAAGAUUUGCAAGAGGAGUUUGACUUCCGGUAUAAAACGAUGCAGAGCGUAGAACAGAAUGACAAAAACAAUGUUGUUGUGAAGCAGGAGAUGCUGAUGUUGCAGGAAAUGCUCAAUACCAUAGACUUCAGGAGAAAGGAAAUUCUCAAUAAAACGGCACAGGUCAUAAAAGAAACUGAAGACUUGAUGAAUAACACGCUGAUAGAAGAAUUACUGGACUGGAAGAGGCGCCAACAGAUUGCCUGCGUUGGCGGUCCCCUCCACAGCGGGCUCGAUCAACUCCAAAACUGUUUUACACUGUUGGCAGAGAGUCUUUUCCAAAUAAGACGGCAGCUGGAAAAGCUGGACGAGUUCUUCGUCAAACUCACUUAUGAGGGGGACUCGAUUCCCUUGCAAAGACCCCACUUACUAGAAAGAGUCAACUUUUUGCUUUACAGCCUUUUCCAAAGUUCCCUUGUAGUGGAGAAACAGCCCUGUAUGCCUACGCACCCACAGAGACCUUUGGUCCUGAAAACCUUGAUACAGUUCACUGUUAAACUUAGGCUGCUUAUUAAAUUGCCAGAGCUGAACUAUCAGAUCAAAGUGAAAGCUGCUAUUGACAAGAAUGCUUCUCCUAUAAGCAGUCGCAGAUUUGUUCUUUGUGGCACUCAUGUCAAAGCUAUGACCAUGGAUGAAUCUGCAAAUGGGAGUCUUUCUGUGGAAUUUCGACAUUUGCAACCAAAAGAGAUGAAGUCCUCUGCUGGAAACAAGGGAUAUGAGGGUCCUCAAAUGGUAACUGAAGAGUUGCACUCUAUCAGCUUUGAAACACAGGUCUGCUUAUACGGGUUAACCAUAGACUUGGAAGCAAGUUCUUUACCUGUAGUGAUGAUAUCCAAUGUCAGCCAGUUACCUAAUGCUUGGGCUUCCAUUAUUUGGUACAACUUGUCAACAAAUGAACCCCAGAACUUGGCUUUCUUUAAUAAUCCACCAUCCAUCACUUUGAGCCAGCUCCUGGAAGUGCUGAGCUGGCAGUUUUCAUCCUACGUUGGCCGCGGCCUCAAUGCUGAUCAGCUCAGCAUGCUGGCGGAAAAACUUACAGGACAGCAAGUUAUUUACAGCAGUUACCAACUUUACUGGUCAAAAUUCUGCAAGGAACACUUGCCAGGGAAAUCAUUUACAUUUUGGGUAUGGCUUGAAGCAAUCUUGGAAUUAAUUAAAAAACAUAUUCUUCCCCUUUGGAUUGAUGGAUGCAUCAUGGGGUUUGUGAGCAAAGAGAAGGAGCGCGUUCUGCUGAAGGACAAGAUGCCUGGGACGUUCCUGUUGAGGUUCAGUGAAAGCAACUUAGGAGGGAUUACUUUUACCUGGGUCUACAAGUCGGAAAGUGGAGAAGAGAUCUUCCAUUCUGUUGAACCGUACAACAAGGGUCGUUUAACUGCGUUGCCGUUUGCUGACAUUUUACGAGAUUACAAAGUUAUUGUGGCGGAUAAUGUCCCUGAAAACCCCCUGAAAUACCUUUAUCCAGAUAUCCCUAAAGACAAAGCCUUUGGAAAACACUACAGCUCCCAGCCGAAUGAAGUGUUAAGACCGACAGAAGGAGGAGUCAAAGGUUACGUACCCUCUGUAUUUAUCCCGAUCUCCAAAAUCCUAAGAGAUUCUACAGAUCCGCCGUCUCCAUCUGACCUUCUCCCCAUGUCUCCAAGUGUCUAUGCUGUCUUGAAAGAACACCUAAGCCCCACAAUCAUGGAAACUGCUCUGAGUUCUCCAUGUUCAACUGACUGAAGUUUGGAUUUUGAAGAUUCUAAAAGUAUGAGUGUGUAUAUAAAUAUAUAGAGAUCUAUAUUUUAAAGAGCAUUCUUAAGAAAAUCUUGUUUUCCUUGUAAAUUCAUAUUCCCUGGAGACAAACACAUAACUUUCUUCUUGGUUCCUUCCUAAAAAGUUCAAAUCAGUAUUUAUAAACUAAGGAGAUAACAAGAAAUGUUAGGUCUUUGUAAAUAUAAGUAACAAGCAAUAAAGGUGAUGAACAAUGCAAUCCUAAACAGAGUUACUCUAGUCUAAGCCCACUAAUUUCAAUGGGCUUAGACUGGAGUAACUCUUCUUAGGAUUGCGCUGGAAAUGCAUGCACUAGAGACAAAUUAGUUGCAGCGGAACAGAUAACCUUAAACCUUCACUCUCAGUAGCUUGAUAAUUUAAUGGAGAAUGUGAAGAAUGAUGAUAGUAAAGUAUUUCUUCUGAAGUCCACCAAGCUUUCAAUGAGCCUAACAAUACAUCAACGAACAUGUUGAACUUUUGCCAUGUCUUUAUUCUUUUGAUAUUUUAAUACUUUUGCACCAGAUCAUCUAGUCCAUUAUGCAACUGCAUUAUGCAUUCUGACUAUAAACAAAACAUGCAUACAUGAUAAUAAAACCAUACGCUUUAUAUUUAAGAAAAUAAUUGGAUCAUCUAGAAUGAACGGCUAAAGCAAGCUGAAAUACAGAAUGGCAGCUGCAUUUUCUAGUUCCCCGGAACUUCACUGCUUAGAAUUGGGGAACACUCCAGGAAAACGAGGGCAGUUUUGUAGCACUUUAAAAGCUGUUGUGUGGAAUGUUUAUUUUUGAAAUAAAAGAAGUUUCAACCAAUGGGUAUGUUUUCAUAGCCAUAAUUUUAGGCAAUAAUGAAAUGUGUAUUGUGUGUGUGUGUGUAGUAAUCUUAAAAUGCCAGAGUCUGGAGUACACAGCUGGCCUCUAUGGAAAAAUGACAGCAAAGAAUUUGGGUGGAGGAUUGGGGCCUCGGGAUGUGGGAUGUCCAGAGGAGCCUUCAGGCUCUCCAUCUGUCUGCUAUUCAUUCUGCCUUCCCUCCAGGAGCUCUCAAUUACGCUCUUCCAUUUUGUUCCAGUGAAGCAGGUUAACCUGAAAACCAGAGAUUGUCCCAAGAUCACCAAGUGAGC